AUGGCUACACAUUGGCGUAGUUCCUUCCGUCCCCUUCUGCUGCUGCUGGCGGUGCUGCUCGCGCGGCAUACAUGCGUACAGGCAGCGGACAAGGCGAACGCCACUCAGCCAGCAGCGGACGACCCCGUGGUCAAAGCAGAGAAGGAAGCAGGCGAUAUCGUGCCCCAAGGUGGGUGGGUGGGUGUGUGUGAAGCAAGGUGGGUGGGUGUGCUGCUGGCGCGGCAUGCGAGCGUGCAGGCAGCGGACAAGGCCAACACCACGCAGCCAGCAGCCGACGGCCCCGUGGUUAAAGCAGAGAAGGAAGCAGGCGAUAUCGUGCCUCAAGUCAGGCGGAACGGCCAUUUAAGUAAGUCAGCAGCAGCGGACGAGUCCGUGGUCAAGGCGGAGAGGGAGGCGGGCGGCCAUGCGCCUCAAGGGGCGUGUACGGCGGAAAUAACAGCCUACUGUUCGGACCUACCCACAGGCAACCGCUCUCUGGAGCGGUGUUUGAGCACACAGGUCAAGAUGGUGAUGGCGGGGAAAGUAAAAGCGAACCCCGAGUUCUCCGCGGAGUGUUUGCUGGAGAUCCGCAACUUCAAGAUUGCGCUGUACAAGGACAUCAGCAUGAACAAGGAGAUGGUGGAGGCGUGCAAGGAGGACAUCGCAUCCUUCUGUGAUGACGACUUUCUCUACCCCGAGCCCGGCAACGUGCUCGCAUGCCUGCGGGAGAGCAAGGAAUCAGGGCGUGUAUCAGACCAGUGCGCCAUAAUGGUGUUCGAGGCGCAGGAGGAUGCAGCAGACGAUUUCCGCAUGGAUCCGCAGCUGAACAUGCUGUGCUCCAAGGACGCGGAUACCUACUGUGGGGACGUGCAGUCAGGCGAGGGGCGCAUUCAGGAGUGCCUGCUGAACAUGCUGUGCUCCAAGGACGCGGACACCUACUGUGGGGACGUGCAGUCGGGCGAGGGGCGCAUUCAGGAGUGCCUGGUGAGGGAUAAAUGGAGAGCUCUUGGUGGGUCUGUAAGAGAAGGAGCAAUCGAUCUCCGCAUGGACCUGCAGCUCAACAUGCUGUGCUUCAAGGACGCUACACCUACUCGGCGCAACCGCAAGAAGCUGAACUGGGAGUGCCAGGCGGAGCUGUUCCGGCAGGAGGUGGAGAACGCCGAUGACAUCCGCCUCAACGUGCGCCUCUUCCGAGCCUGUCUGGACGACAAGCGGCGCUUCUGUCCUGAUGUGCUGCCCGGGGAUGCACGCGUGAAGGACUGCCUGGAGGAGCACCGCUCCGAGCCCGAGUUCUCCAAGACCUGCAAGGCGGAGUUUGACAAGAUGAUGGAGCGCAGGGCGGUGGACUUCCGCCUCGAUGCCAGCCUGCGCAAGUACUGCCACAAGGACAUUGUGGAGGUGAGACAGGGGCGCAUGGUGUAUGGCGCAUGGUGUAUGGCGCAUGGUGUAUGGACCAUGGUGUAUGGCCCAUGGUGUAUGGCGCAUGGUUACACGCUGCAUGGCACACAUCACAUCACACACAGCAGGGCGGUGGACUUCCGCCUCAAUGCCAGUCUGCGCAAGUACUGCCACAAGGACAUCGUGGAGCCUGCCUUUUUUGUUCAUGCUCGUGUUGCGCUCUCUUCCCAGACGUGCUACCCGGACGCGGAGGACAUCAGUGACGUGGCGAACUGGGACAGCAAGGUGAUGGAGUGCCUGCAGGACUACAAGGAGGAGCUCAAAGACCCGCGCUGCCGCCAGCAGGUGCACCGCCUGACCAAGAGGGCAGCAGAGGACAUUCGAUUCGACCACCCUCUGCAUGACGCCUGCCAGCCCGACCAGGAGAAGCUGUGUAAGGACGUGCCGAGCGGCCACGCACGGGUGUUCACGUGCCUGCAGGACCACCGCAAGGACCUGCGCCCCGUGUGCCGCGCUGCCCUCUUUGACCAGGACCACCGCAAGGACCUGCGCCCAGUGUGCCGCGCUGCGCUCUUUGACCAGAUGGGUGGAUGCGGCGCGUUGAGAGGUGGGUGGGUGCUGCGCUUUAAGUUCAAAUCACCUUCCCCCUUCUUACACCCUUCUGCCUCUUUUAACCCGCCUCGUUGUUUCAAAUUCCCUCGUUUUUUCAAUCCCCUUCCCUCUUUCAACCCCGCUCCCUCUUUCAACCCCCCUCCCUCUUUCAACCCCCCUCCCUCUUUCACCCUCCUCCCUCUUUCAACCACCCUCCUUCUCUCAACCCUUCCCUCGUACCUCACUCCCCUCCUCCCACCCACCUCAUCCCCAUCUCUGCAGGAGAUCCGCUACGCGGGAGACAUAGACUUCAAGUUUGCCAUGCGCCAGGCGUGUGCCGACGAGAUGAAGCGCCUGUGCUCCAAAGCACCCGACAUGGUGAAGUGUCUGCAGGACCAUGUGGCAGAUGCGGACAUGGGCAAGGCAUGUGCCGACGAGGUCAAGAGGGACGAGCAGCGCAGCGCACAGGAUUUCCGCCUCAACUUCCGUUUGAACCACGCAUGCUUCGAGGACGUGCAGCACCUCUGCAUAAACGCCUGCGCCCCUCCGGGCGUCGAGGGCGCCAUGGCUGCUGCAGCAGCGGCCGCAGGGCAGGCGUGCGGAGGGGCGGUGCUCAAGUGCCUGUCGGAGAAGGUGUCUCAGCUGCAGAACGCUGAGUGCCGCGAGGAGGUGUUUUACUUUGAGCGCAGGACCGUGGAGGAUCCGGCCCUGGACGUGCCGUUGCAGCAGGCGUGCAAGGACGACGCGGACAUGUACUGUGGCGCGGGGGCGGGGUAUGCGGGGAGGGACCACAGCCGCACGCUCUCCUGCCUGCGGCAGAACAGGAAGAAGCUGUCCGCCAAGUGCAAGGCGGAGGAGCUGCGGUUCACCGCCAUGGAGGUGGGUGCAGUGCGCCGCACGCUCUCCUGCCUGCGGCAGAACAGGAAGAAGCUGUCAGCCAAGUGCAAGGCGGAGGAGCUGCGGUUCACUGCCAUGGAGGCAUCAGACAUCCGUCUGACCCCCACGCUGAUGAACGCGUGUGGAUUGGAGCUGCACCAGUUCUGCCGCGGAGUGCCGCCCAUGGGCGGCCAUGCCUUCCGCUGCCUGCAGUGGCACAUCCAGGAGCCUGGCAUGAGCGCAUGCCGUGCCGGGAUCAACCUGCAGGCCAUGCGCCAAUCCCAGUGCUACCGCACCGACAUUGCUCUGCUGCUGCGGUGCGACCCCGAGUUGCGCGCACCAAUUGCUUCCGGCAUGAGUGUGGCGUGCCGUGCUGAGUCCGGCAUGAGUGUAGCCUGCCGUGCUGAGGUGGACCUGCAGACCAUGCGCCAGUCCCAGUACUACCGCACCGACAUCGCGCUGCAGCUGCAGUGCAAUGCUGACGUGGAGGAGAAGUGCAGCGAGGUGGACGAGGCGGCGGAGAUGUCAAUGGGGGACCAGGAGGCAGAGGGCGACUACGGGCCUAUCCUGCGCUGUCUGCUGCAGUCGUACCAGACCCUCAAGCCUGCCUGCCAGUCCGAGGUGACCUAUGUGGUGCGCAACGCCCUGUGGAUGUACCACAGCAACGCGCCCCUCACCAAGCCAUGCCACACUGACAUUGACACCCUCUGCAACAGCACCAACGUGGCGGGGUUCAGCGAGCACAAGGGCGCCGUGGUGGGGGUGUUUGGGCAGUGCCUCGUGGACACGCCUCUCACUAAGAUCUCGGAUAAGCAGUGCCGGCAGAUGGUGGGCGUGGUGGCGGGCAGUGGCGGGCACGUGGGAGGGCUGGUGAAUGAGAAUCAGCUGGAGGACACGCUUACUAAAAUCGCAGAGAUCCAGCUGGUGGCUCAGGCUGAGGCGGAGGAGCAGGCAGAGGGCUCUCCACUAGUGUUGACGGGCUGGCUGGCCUUCAUUGCCAUCACAGCCCUCGCUGCUCUGCUGCUUGGUGGUGGCUUCUUCAUCUACCGCCGCUACUUUGAUCCUCGCCGCAACUACACUGUGGUUGUCAAGGCUGGCGAUGUGUGA